CGCCGUGGUUUCGGUUGAGCAUUCUUGGCAACGUCUCGCUCGGUGAACAGGCAGCCAACCGUCGGCCAACGGCUGUUUCCACAAUGUCUGGAGAAUUAUUUUAACGGAUAACAGGAGCCGAGCGGAAACACCGGAGCGGCGCCAGAGUAAAAUACUGAGCCUUCCCUUCCUGCACUGUGACGUCAAACCUCACCACACCUGCUUUACCUGCAUACUGCACAGCUGAAGGCAGAACAAGAUCUGCAUUAGACUGAAAAUAGUCCAAGAAGAAGAGAACCGGCCCUGACUCAAACUGGUCCUCCAUGGACCAGUGAAGUGUCCCCCAUCCUGCCAGUUAAAAGCAAUGGUUUUGGGAGCUGGAGGCUGUAGAACCGUCAGCCGAGUGUGCGUGGGGCCCCUCCUCUCCCUGUUUCCCAGCACCCCUCCUGAAAUGGGAUGCCAGCCCCCUGCCUCCCUGCCCUGAGCUCUCCUGGGGUGCCAUGAACAGCUACAGAGACAGAGGGGUGACUUGCACAUCCUCGGACCUCCUGGAUGGAGGAGGAGGAGGGUUGCUACAGCAAACUCCGUUUCGUCACACCACCAACGGCCACCCGGCUCCUGGCCUCACAGACUCAGCCAUCAAACCACGCAUGGGUGUUCGUGCACGGAUUGCAGAAUGGCCCCCUCGCCGUGCGCAGUCUAGAGAGUCGUUGCUUGAAAAUGGGCAAAUUGGCAGCAGUCGCCACAUAGAUGACGGCUCCACUUCAAUUUCACGUUUGUCGUCUGACAUGGGGUUAGUGCGAGGAGGCGUGGCCAGGUUGCCACGACGUCGAUCCAAGGAUGUAGAGUUCAGAGGAGGAGGGUUUGGUGGUGAGAGAGGUUCACCUUUUAGCCUCAGAGUGUUCCCUCCAUUGAGACAGCGCUCAAACAGCGAGGUGACACUGAGUGAACAGGAUGAAAAUGAGGUGGAGGUACGUGGAAGUGGCGGGAUGGGGAACCUGUUCAGAGAAUAUGGCAGCACCUCCUCCAUCGACAUCCAGGGCAUUCCUGAGCAGAGCUUCUUCGACAUGCUCAGCCAGUUCCACCAGGAGAGGCCUGACCAACGCAGCUCAGCACCCAUACGCCUCGGGGAGUUGCUGCGCGCUCCAGACUCAAGCGCACCCCUCCCCUCUGCUCCUUCACCUGGUCCCGCAGGUGGGGAUGACAGAGGGACAGGAAGGAAGGACGGAGCUGAGAGAGUGAGGAAGAAAAGUGGAGGGACCGAGUCGUCACUGGGCACCUCCUCUUUGUUCAGGAAACUAAGGAGCUCAAGUCGCAGCGAGCUAGAUGGAGGGAAAGGAGAGACUAGUGAGGAUGGGGGAGGGAGGGGUUCAGGGGACGCCUCCUACAAACCGUGGGUGUGCCCCAAGAGCUUUGUCCACUACGAUGCUCAGAGCAUCCUGUUUGACCUCCACGAGGCGGCGGCUCAGCGGGGCUAUGCUGCCCAGAGGAGGAACACCGCCACAGGGGCAUCAGCUGCUUCAGUGUCCCUGUCCGUCUCCAGAUCCACGGCUCCGAGUGUGAACGACCCAGUUUACUCCAGCAUAGAGGAUCUGACCUUGAGCCUCGACCCUGGCUCCACCACACCCUCCCUGGGCGUGGACCCCCUGGAUGGGCCUCCUGGCGCCCACAACUCGAGCCCACUGCUCCUUUGCUGCCCCCACUUCCUCAAUGAGACGGGGGGCCACGGGGAGCGCAACAUCAGCUUCCUCAGCUCGUCAGCAGAGCGAGGAGGAGACAGAGGAGACGGAGCGAGGGGUUGGCUGAGGAGGAGUAACGCCAGCGUCUCCGUGCUGGAGGUGCCUAUCGAAGAGCAGGUUACGAGACUGGACCGACUGAAACUGUACAGCAUAGAGCAUGUAGACCUGGGGGCCAGGUACUACAGAGAGUACUUCCAUGGGAAAGAGCACUCAAACUACUUCGGGACAGACGAAAAGAUGGGCGCUGUGGCCCUGAGCAUCCGCAGGGAGAAACUGGAGGACACCAAAGACCUGAAGGACCAGUACCAGUACCGCCUCAUCGUCAGAACCAGCGAGCUUGUGACCCUGCGAGGCUCCAUUUUAGAGGAUGCGGUGGCGUCUACAGGGAGGCACGGCACGGUGCGGGGUCUGCCGCUCAAGGAGGUCCUGGAGCAGGUCGUCCCCGAGCUCAAUGUCUCCUGUCUGAGACUGGCGCUCAGCACACCGAAAGUCACAGAGCAGCUCCUCAAACUGGACGAACAGGGGUUAAGUCAGAAGCACAAGGUGGGUGUUCUGCUGUGCCGUGCGGGCCAGAGCACAGAGGAGGAGAUGUACAACAAUGAGGAGGCGUCACCCGCCUUCUCUGCCUUUCUGGAGCUGCUGGGGGAGCAGGUGCUUCUCAAAGGAUUCACCAAAUACGCUGCACAGCUUGACGUAAAGACGGACUCUACGGGCACCCACUCCCUGUACACCACCUACCAAGGCUACGAGGUCAUGUUCCAUGUGUCCACCAUGCUGCCGUACAUGCCCAACAACCCCCAGCAGCUCUUGAGAAAAAGGCACAUAGGGAACGACAUUGUCACCAUAAUCUUUCAGGAGCCGGGAGCGUUGCCUUUCACCCCUCAGAAUAUCCGCUCACACUUCCAGCACGUCUUUGUUAUCGUCCGUGUGCACAACCCCUGCUCUGAAAACACCUGUUACAGUGUUGCUGUGACAAGAAUGAAGGAUGUGCCUCCCUUCGGCCCACCCAUCCCCAGCGGUGUCACCUUCCGUGACACAGAAACCUUUCGCAACUUCCUUCUAGCCAAAAUUAUCAAUGCAGAAAAUGCAGCGCACAAGUCUGAGAAGUUCCACACCAUGGCGACACGAACACGGCAAGAGUAUCUGCGCGAUCUGGCGGAGAACUACGUCAGCGGCACGCCGCUCGACUCAGCCGGCAAGCUUAACAAUCUCAUCUCCCUCGCGUCCAAAAAACGCGAGCGCUCCAAGGCAAGAGAGGGAGCGGAGCUGGGAGCCGCGGGGGCCAUCGCCUGGAGGGUCCUAGCCCAGGACUUCAGUGGAGGCGGGACAGAGCUCCCCUGUGCCUUGGGUUUGUCAGCAGAAUACGUCCUCCUGACAGACUGUUCCACCAAAGAGGUGGUGUUUAACUGCUUCUGUGCGGACGUGAUCGGCUGGACGCCGGAGCGGCUGGCUCUGAAGAUCUUCUACGGCAGAGGAGACCACAUCGCAGUGCGGGUACCAGAGGGCUGCGCACAGGACAUCAGGGAGGUGGUGCAGAGAUUAAAGUCUUUGACAGUGGGAUGUGAGACGGUGGAUAUGACUCUGAGAAGAAACGGACUGGGACAACUGGGCUUCCAUGUUCGCCUGGAUGGCACUGUGGCCGAGGUGGAGGAGUACGGCUUUGCCUGGCAGGCGGGACUGAGACAGGGCAGUCGGUUAGUGGAGAUCUGCAAGGUGGCCGCGGUGACGCUGACUCACGAGCAGAUGAUCGACCUGCUGAGGACGUCGGUCACGGUCAAAGUGGUCAUCAUUCCUCCGUACGAAGAAGGGGGGCCUCGCCGGGGCUGCACAGAGGAGUAUGAGAUGAAGACCAUGGAGCAGAAGCCAGAACCUGAGCCUCUGGCAGUAGGCUACCGGCCCUCCCCUCGCCCCACGUGGCGUUGGGACACCCCACCCAUUCCUCCAGGGCUCCACAGCACCCCCAACCCGCAGCGCUGGGCCCCCGUGGGUCCCCCACCUCCUCCGUUGCCCCGCACACACAAGGGCCUGAUGCCGGUUCCCUACAGGGAGCCUCAGCACCUCAGCAACAUGAAGAGGCCAAUGAGCUACCCAGAGAACCACUACAGUAUCUCUCCUGCAGUAGGCGACAGAGUGCUGCCCUACAGAAACCCCUCAGCCAGCUUCUCCUCGCCCUCCUCAGGCCUGGUCAGCCUCUCCACGAUGGGGCCGCCUGGAAUCACACCAGGCCCCUUUGUACGCUACAAACCCUCACUUGACAGAUAUGGAACAGCACAGCGCCCCCUGCUGCCCUAUGAGCCCCACCUCAGUGUGGACGUCACCUCCAGUGGAGAGUCCUCCUCAGGCUUCACCAGUCAGGAGAGCACCAUGGAGCGCUGCAAAACAGAACCCCUCUGGCAUGUCCCAGUGUCGUCGUCUCGGGGACCGGGAGGUGGAGGGGGGCAGAGGAGGGUACCCAGACAGGAUGUCCCAGGGAAAGAUUCUCCAAACAGACACUCGAAGGGCGAGACUCAGUACUCCAGCCACUCCAGCAGCAACACCCUGUCCAGUAACGCCUCCAGCAGCCACAGCGACGAGCGCUGGUUCGACGGAGGAGCCGGGGGAGAGCGAGGAGGCGGGGGUUGCCUCCCCGACCCAGUCGACCCCGACCCCGACCUUCUCAACAAGGGGGGAUCUAACGACAGCGGCAUCGAUGCUUCAACCCACUACAACAACGUUCGACACAGCAACGUGACCAACAACCAGUCCCACAAACCCAUGCACAGCUUCGCGACCUACAGCGGCAUGCAGGAGCUGUCUGUGGGAAGGAGCAGCGGCGGGGGGGAAGCGAGGAGACGAGAGUCUUCGCCCAUCAUACCAGCGGCAGCCAAUAAGAACAAAGGAUACCGGACGAGGACGUUCCCGCCUCCUGGCUCCAGUGCUGAUAAAAUGGAUGCUUUCAAACCCAGGGCCUACACACCGCAGGGUUACAAGACUCCGACAGCUGAGAAAACCCGGCCGGUCCGAGCCGCUACGACAACACCCACUUCAGCUCAGUUAGGCUCCAUCCCACUGUCCAGCUCUGCCCCCAAGGCCUUAUAUGGGAAGAGCAGACCGAGCGCCUGGCAGAACGAAGACAACAGCCCGUCACCUUCAAACGCAACCACAACGUCCAGCUCCGACAGCAACAACAGCAAGAAGCAGGUGGAUACAAACUCAAAGAACGUGUUUGGACAACCUCGUCUCCGAGCGUCACUGAGGGACCUGCGUUCUCCGCGACGGACUUACAAAAGUACCAUCGAAGACGACCUGAAGAAACUGAUAAUCAUGGACAACCCGGGAGAGAUGCCUCAAAGAGAUCCGUCUCCCAGACGAACCCUGCAGCGCACCUUUUCAGACGAGUCGCUGUGCAGCGGGCGCAGGGAGGCCAGCUUCGCCAACUCUGAGAACCAGACGACCCCCACUGACCUGUUCACCUGCACUCUGCCCACACGCAGAAACGCCCCCUCCUCCAACCACAUGCAGAACAAGAAGGUGCCUCUGUCUGCCUCAGAACUGUCUCUCACAGAAGUUAGAGACAAAGUUCCCCCCCUGAGGAGGCUCGAUCCCGGGCUGAUGCCUCUUCCUGACACAGCCUGCGGACUGGAGUGGUCCAGCCUGGUCAAUGCCGCUAAAGCCUACGAAGGUGAGGCUGGAGACACUUCACGAUUAGCACAAAGAGCAGUUUCCCUCUUCUCGCUGACUGAGCCGCAGGUUGGAGGUCAAGACAUGAGACCAGUCGUCAGUCCAGUCCAGUUUCUCACUCCUCAGACACCUCGAACCACACCGACCUUCAGCGGGGACGAGGUGCCCAACGAUCUGUCUGGUCGACUCUACCACCUGGAAGUGAUGUUAAAACAGCUGAACAAUGACCUGGAGAGAGAGAAGCAGGAUAAAGUCGUUCUGCUUGCAGAGAUGGCCAACCUGAGAGAGAAUAACCAGCGCUUACAGGUGGAGAGCAUGACCGCCAGCGAGCAGCUGCGCAAGUUCAGCCGGAUCUUUACUAACCUGGACAAGACGGAAAAUGACACCGAGGCUCACUCCUUAACAGACGAAACCGACUCGAAGAGGGAGUGAGAUCGACACCUGAAGAAGAGGAAGAGGAGGAGUGUGAGAUUCAGGCCACAGAGGGAGGCAAAAAACCCUCUUUCAGUACCCAUGAUUCCUUGCACACAGGGGCGGCAGAGGUCACAAUGAUGUCACCUCACUCAGCUUCCACUGGACAGCCUUAAACUGUAGAGAGAGCGCGAGAGAAAAUUUGAUUUUUAAAAAUGCAACACUCCCAGAAAGCCUGUGCACAGACAGAGCAGAGACCCUCCCUCUCUAUUCUCUGAGCCCGUUUAUUUUUAUAAACUGAAGUCGAAACGUCUUAUAUACUUGUCUUAUAUAUGAAUACACGUGCUACUAUGCCAGAGGAGCGAGUAGGAGAGCAGACUGACUGUUUUAGAGAACACUACAUCACCUGGAGAGGCCUAAUACUGUUCCUGCAGCGAAUCAGCCAAAAGAAAAAGAAAAAUCAUUACAGACUGCAUCUCCCAGAAUGCACUAGAAGUAAUGGAGGCUCUACAGACAUGGUACUGUAGAUAAGAUGCCUGUGUGGUACAAUUCUCAUGUAUCAAUAUUAUCUAUAUUGUACUGAUGUUGUAUAACAGUUGUACUAAAGAGGUGUGUGUGUGUGUGUGUGUGUGUGUGUAACUGAUGGUACAGUGAAUACUCUGAAGCAUUAACGCACAACAGUGUUUGUGCUCAAGGCAAGAUGCAUUUUACUACCCUCUGGAGUGUGUGUGUGUGUGUGUGUGUGUGUGUGUGUGUGUGUGUGUGUGUGUGUGUGUGUGUGUGUGUGUGUGUGUGUGUGUGUGUGUGUGUGUGUGUGUGUGUGUGUGUGUGUGUGAUGGUCUGUUAUAGGACGUUUGCUUGAUGAACAAACUAGUUUACUGUAAUAUGAAACUCGUGGGCCACAAUAAUUUCCUUUCCUCCGUUUACAUGGACGAACCCGUGGCCCCUUUUUUUUGUAGAUGUGAAACAAGCCAUCAGCGUGUUGAGCGAGUGUAAGUGGUCGACGUUAUAAAGCUCAGUGAUAUAUGAUAGUAUCAUAUCUCUAAUGUAAGUUGGUGCAUUGUUUUUGAAUUUCAUUUCCACUGUGUUCAGCAGUGCUGUAUCAUCUCAGAUCGAAAUGUACUGGAGAAUUAUUGAACCUUGAGUCGUUUUAUCGCAGUACAUAUUUGAAUUUUUUUUUAUUUUUUCCUAAUGUUUAAAGUAAAAGUUGGACAUUUUUGAGAAAUAUGCUUAUUCACUUCAUGGCGGAGAUAGAUGAGAGAUUAGACGCCAGUCUUGUGUCAGUCAACAGCCAGCAAACGCUAAACACAGAGAAACUGCCCAGCGGUAAUAUCAGCUGACCCACGUCUUUAAAACUAACGUUAUAUUUAAUUUAUUUAAUCUCAAACAAAAAACAAAUUGUUUUCCGUCUAGUUUUUAGCUAAGUAACUUCUGUGACUCUCUUAGCAAUUACACAAUUACAGUCACAUACUUGAGUUUGAUAGCCGUUAUUUAACAUUAUUUAGGUAUAAAUAAACACAUAAUAAUGUGUUCAUUAUUGAGCUUUAGAGGUGGAUUUUGUUACAGUUUCCCCUUGUUUCCAGUCUUUAUGCUAAGCUAACCAUCUGCUGGCUGUAGCUUCAUAUGGUGUCAAAUCUUUUUCAUCCGUCUCUCUCCUCUUGACAGUGAGUAACAAUAAUUCCCCAAAAUGUCAAACUGUUCUAACAACGGCAUCUUUGCAGACUAAUGAGAAUGAAGCUGUCCCCAGUGACGUUCCUGCUUUACUGUACAUGAACCCUUCAACACUGAAGCUCCUGCAUAUCAGAUCCUGUCUGUCUGUCUGUCUGUCUGUCUGUCUGUCUGUCUGUCUGUCUGCUGUGUGUGAGAGAGGAUUUGUCCCUGUGUUCUGUGAUAACCCAAAUGAACACAAAAGACACUAUUUAUACUGCUCGCUUGCUUAAUGAUAUUGUCUACUAUAUCUAUUUUUCAUACAGAAAUAAUGUGUUUUUUUGGAUGCUGGUACUGAACAAACAAUACAUCCCUGCAGAGGAUGGAUCUUAUCUUCCUGCGUCAGUAGAGAUAUUGCUGAUCAAAUUGUACUAAAUUAUAAUUUUCUCCCCGCUCUGCCCUGUUGAACUACUACAUCUUCCCUGGUCUGACUGGAACUGUUGAUCCCAACUCACUCAGGGUCGUCGAGAUGCUGUUAAUGACACUGAACCACCAGUUAGGGGUGGGCGAGAGGAUGUCAAUUUAUCCUGUCAGAGACUUUGUGGUUCAUAUUUCUGGGUGUUUGAUGUCAUUGUAGAUUUAAUACCUUGAUUAUCUAGUAUCUAGUUUGUUUGAUUUACCUAAAAACAGACAAAUAUCGGUCCCUCCAGGAUUUAGCGGGAGGUUAUUGUGGCCUAAAAUGUCUAAAUAAAACUUUAGGCUUUUUCUUGCAAUAAACUUGCAGGUAAAAGUGAAAAUUGCUAAAAAAAAAAAUAGUUGCAAUUUCUUUUGUAUAAUUCAUUAAAAACCGACAGCAACUUGUUCCAGUAAGAAUAAAUGUCUGCGUCGUCUGCAUCUUCACAACUAGAAACCUGGAAGUGAGUUUGUUUGGUGUCAACUCUCUGAGCAGGAAAAGUUGCGAUAAUUGGACAAAAUAGCAGAAUUCACAGGGAUUAGAUGGAAAACUGCCUGGAUGUACUGAAAUAUAAACAGUUUCUCAGUUGAUUUCCCAUGAACUCUAUCGUAUCACAUCCACAUCGCCCACUCCUACCAUCCACCUUCCUUUCACCGACACAAAGAGGGAACAAAGUGUCACAGCGACUCUGAGCUGGACAGAAAACUGCCAUUUCUCCUCGUGCUCCUCCUCAGCAGCAUCCUGCUUUCACGUCACCACCUCCUUUAACUCUUCAGCGGCCAGUUAGUUUUCAAGUUGGGCUGUUCACUUUGAUACCAGUGACGUUUAUACUGAAGCUUAUUUGGACCUUUUUAUCCCGGAUGAACAGAUUCUGGCUCAAAAGGAAAAAAAGCUUCUUUUAUUCUGUUUUUAGAUAUUUUUUAUUUCAGCACUCCUGUUAUUCCUCCUUCAGCUUCACAGGUGUCGCUGUGAUUUUAGUAUCUGCGAGUCUCAAACGUUUGCUUAUGUAAAAGGGGCAAGGUUUCUUUUUUUAAAUAUAUAUAUAUAUAUAUAAAUUCUGUUCAUGUUAUGUAUAAUUGUAAGCUAUUUAUAGCGUACACAGCGAUCCCUGUUGAACAAAUCAAUACUGCAUUAUGGUUAAUGGUAAUAUUGUAUAACUAGUUUUGUUUUUUAGAUGUUAAAUAUUUUGAUAAUUUAUUUUUUAACACAUUCCCACUGUUGCAGACAAUAGUGAAGAUGAGAGGGUACUGUGUUUUUAUUUGUUGUUGCUGUUUUACUUCUGAUCUCUGUACAAAAACUGAUUCCUCAUCGUUUUCUAUUUCCUGGCGUCAUCUUUCCCGUGUGUGCGUCGGCGCUUUGUGCGUGUGGCGGAGGGUACGCGAUGCAGAGACCAACAUUGUUUUUUUCUUUGGGUUGUAAUAAUAACUUGUACAUUUUAAAGUGUAAAUUAUGUUUUCAUUAUUUUAUAAAAAAUAUAUUAAAAAUAACUAUCUGAA